GGCACACACGCGCGCGCUUUUCCAGCCACUCGCUGCAGAUGCGACUGGACGGGCUCAGGGUUGAGGGGAAUAACUACAAAAUCAACCUUCCGUGUGGCCUCCCAUUGCAGUCUGUCCUCAGCUUACAGGCACUUCUCAAGCUCAGCAGAAUGAACAGGGCUUUCAACAGGAGAAAGGAUAAACCAAGCAUGCACACACCUGAGGCUUUGGUGAAAAGUCAUGUUGUGUAUAAUGCAAAGUUUUUGGGAAUCACCGAGGUGGAUCAGCCCAAAGGGACAGACAUGGUCCGUGUGGCUGUCAGGAAGUUGAAGUUUCAAAGGCACAUCAAGAAGUCAGAGGGGCACAAGACUCCAAAAGUGGAGCUUCAGAUCUCUAUAUAUGGUGUCAAGAUACUGGACCCUAAAUCUAAGGAGAUGCUGCACAACUGCCAGCUUCACAGAAUGUCUUUCUGUGCAGACGACAAAACAGAUAAAAGAAUCUUCACCUUUAUCUGUACCGAACCCGAGACUAAGAAACACCUGUGCUACGUGUUUGACAGUGAAAAAUGUGCGGAGGAGAUCACGCUUGCUAUUGGACAAGCAUUUGAUCUGGCCUACAAAAAGUUCCUGGAGUCUGGUGGGAAAGAUGUAGAGACCAGAAAACAGAUUGGAAACCUUCAGAAGAGAAUUCAGGAUUUGGAGAUGGAGAACUCAAAACUGAAGAAGAAGCUUAAAGAGCUGGAGGAUCAGCUGACGGAUCCGCGCUGCUCACCAGUACCUCCUGCAUGUUUUAAUGUGUCUAAUAAGCCAUGCGUUUUGCAGAGAACGUCUGCCUUGUCCUGGUGUGGUGAAGAUGUCACUUCCCUGUCCAGCCUAGAGAUCUCUUCUGUCACUUUAACACCUGUCAGCUCGCCCGAUUCCUGCCAAUCAGCAAGCUUGCUCACCCCGCCUCCUGCUAAGCCCACCCACUCACAGCCCAAAAGUGGUUACAUCGUGCCACGGCCUCGUACUGGAAGCAUACAAGCCAGAGCGCCCUCUACUGACAUAUUCGAUAUGGUUCCAUUCACUCCGGAGUCCCCAAUAACAAGACGACUCAAUUUCAAUGGCUUCUCUUCUCCGUAUCUGGCUCCAAAAGACACAGAUAUAGACCUGUUUGGAGCAGAACCAUUUGAUCCCUUUAUCUGUGGACCUACUGUCUUCACUCCAGACAUGCAGUCCAAACUUGACGAGAUGCAGGAGGGGUUCCAAAUGGGACUGACUCUAGAGGGGACCGUGUUUUCCCUGGAGCCCGUGGACAGCCGAUGCUGAUUUUGAAAGACAAAUGUUUUUGUAUACGCUGUGAUUCUUGACCAAGAAACCCUCAAAAUAAAUCACAUGAAAUAUUUAA